AAGAGAGAAAGUACUUUAUCAAGUACCUUAUCAUCUGGAAAAUCUAAUUUUUUACACACACACACACACACAAUGCCUAUGGACAUUUAUUAGUUGUAGAGAUGUCAGAGUGACAGGACUGCUACAUAUUUGGCGCCCCCGGCGCUCCAAGCCCUCAAGGGCCCCUCGGCAGUGCCAAAGAGGUGAACUGGCACCUCUCUAGCUACCAGUCCACACUGCAUAUUGUGGUUUGUACGGACUGGGACUGCCGCCCCAUAAGAGAAAGACUGACAAGUGACAACCUUGGUACCUGUUUAUGAGAAGAAUUCAGACUUGCAGACCGGAUCAGACUGCCCUCUCACCUCAUGGUUUGGUUCUUAUACGGCUGCAGAUACACAAGGGAGAAGAUGAUCUGCAGCAUCCUGCUGCUCAUCAGCCUGACCUCCUGUGUCUGUGGAACAUUUGUAGUGAAUGUGACACAGACCUCCUAUCAGGCAGAGGAGAACGAAAACAUCACACUGGAGUGGACCUUCACAACCAAAACUGACAGCUCCCUCAACUCACUUUAUAUCUUUUGUCAACUGUUAACUGAUCGUAAGGCCUCAGGUCUGUAUCGUCUACAUGAAGGUAUUGAGGUCCCAGAGUCUCAGGAUGAACAGUUUGCAAGACGAGUCCAGUGUGACAAAGACGUCCUCAGAGAAGGACGAAUCAGACUUCAUGUGUCCAGACUCAGGACUGAGGACUCGGGCCUGUACCUGUGUAAAGUGAAGACAAACUAUGGGAUGAGCUCUGGCAGAUUCCAGCUCAAUGUCACUGCAGCUGCUGAUGAGCCCAAACCUCAGAGACCAACAGUUAGACCACAACCAGAGAGUCGGGGAAGGAUCGGCCUUUAUGCUGGACUGGGACUGGCAGCAGCAGCUCUACUGGCUGUCUGUUCCAGACUCUGCUUUAGAUAUUUUUGCUUCAAACGUUCUUCUCAUAGAAACAACACAUCAGGACCAACAGGAUUUUGUUGGAGGAUCCUCUUUCUAUUAGGAUGAGUCAGAGCAUUGGUUCAAGACCUGAAUCAUAAAACCAAAAGACUCCAAAACUCUCUACCUCCAACAUCCGUUUAAAGACACUUUUUGAAAUUCAGUCUCAGGGGAACCUAUUCUGAAUAUUUUGUUUUUAUUGUUCUUUAUUUGUACUUAUCAUUAGUUAACCUUUAUUUUUAUCUAACUUCUAUGGGAAUACUUUUAUUAGUAACUAAUAACGAUUAAAUAUUUUCAUUCUAAUGAGGUUUUAUAUCAAGUUAUUUUUUUAGGAUUUCUAUAUGUAGCUGCCUUCAUUGCAAUUAUUAUAUUGAAUUAAUUUUACUAUCAUUGUUUUUUAUUGUAUUUACUGAUUUUACAAUAAAUACAUUAGACCAUAACAUCUAUCCAUUAGCCCCCUGACCACACACACAUCAAACAAAUGUAUUCCUUUACAUUACAACCCUCCCAUUGUUACAACUAUUAUCAAUGUACUCACCCUGUGAAUAUAUACAAACUAAUCCACCAAAAAUACAAGCAGGUUUUCUUCUUUAAGAUAUGAUAGUAAUUCUCUUGAUUCAGUUGUCUUGUUAAUUCCAGAUAUUUUUUAAAGACUGAUCAAUGAUAUCAGCUGGUGGAAAAGCAGAGUGAUCAAUAAUUGAAAAUACUUUGGCUAACCCUUAAUAAAAACGGGUCAUAUGAUAACUGAAACAACCAUGUUGAUUUAGAGAUCCUCCGACCAUAAGGAGCGAAUAAAUAUUAUUUCUGAUAAGACCUUUGAACGACUCCAUUAACACUUUAAUAUGAUGGCAGGAUGGCUGUGCCUAAAUGCACAGCUGAACAAAUCAGUGAUGAGAGAGAGGCAUCCUCUCCUCUCAGCUGAACACAGCUUAGAACAGCAGGAAGAAAAUUGUUUUCAAAGCAACACAGGGUUUAGCAGAUUCCACUUGAGUUUUCUCUGCCAACCAGCUUCAUAACUGUUCAGGCGAUAUUGGUGUAACCGUCUGUACUCAUUAGCACCAGAACAGUUCCUGGAGGGCCUGGAAGAUGUUCUGUGUCAGAUGGAUGAUGUGCUCAUCAGGGGAACCUUCCUCUGCUCAUACAGCUGGAUCUACUACGGUGAAGUUAGUUUUCAAGUUGGAUAUUUGAAAUACAUUCACUCUGGAGCCAACAGUGUCUUCUUACUCAGUUUCACCAAAUGUUGGCUGUAGCAGGACGGUUAGUUAAUGUCUGAUCACUCGCUCUUAACCACAGGGGAUUUGCUUAGAGAUCAUCAAUGUUGUUAUUUUCAAUACCUUCUUGCUGACUUGUCCAUUAUGAAAAUUAGGGUUAUAAUAACAAUAAUAAUAAAAUUUUCCCAUAUAA